AUGUUAGCUUCACCUAGCGAUUGAGCAAACACCAUCGAUCCAGACGGCUCCGCUCAAAUCUUCGAACACUUCUUCACGACAGAACAACGCGACUUAAAUCUCUCAUCGCAUGCAACGUCUUUCAACGCACAAAUUCCUCUUUCAACUCUCAGCAGCUGAGGAAGAUGACACCCGGCCAGACAAAGCUACCCUAUCGACCAUGAUUUCGCCACUGGGAAGGAGUUCUAUGACCGGCUGAAGGAUGUCUUGCGUCCGGACGAUCUUACUUACCCGUCGCCGGAGAGUUUCGGGCGCUGGUCAGUCAAGAUGUCGGAGGAGGUGAUGUCUAACUACUCCGCACUCCAUGACCUCGUCAUUCGCCACGAAGAAACGAUCCGCCAACGCUGGCUCGACAUGUCCAAUGGCGACAGAGAAAAGGUCCUAACACUCGCAUGGCCGGAUAUUUCGAAGACCCAUGGGCUGGAUAAGCGUCUGCUUCUGCACCAUCAGUGUCAUUGUCGGCGACGGGGACGUUUUGUUCAAGAUCUAACUUCUCUGCGAAACAACUCUCUGCCAUUCUUGCUUCCACAUGUCAACAUAGAGGACUUGCUGCUGCCCAGCACGUUCUUACUAUUUCUGCACUCGCGAGGCCGACAUUCUCCAACGACAUUCGCUCAUACCGAGCUGGUACACUGUCCACUUUCAGGCUGGGAUGAUGAAGAUCUUCGACUAAGGUUCGGAGGUGUGGUAUGGGUGGAAGGGGGGGGGGGGUGUUUGUGCUGGAGUAGGGGAGCGGGGUGCCCCAAGGCGAGAGGUAGGAUGUGGAUUAGAUAGGGCGAGCGUGCGGAAAAGGACACAACUGGGUGAUUGAGGUGGUUGAAAUGGUGCGC